UUUCCAUCGCGCCGCUCCGACCUGCUGAGUGAGUUGAUUCUUCAACUUCUGAUUCAGGUCCCUCGGUGACACAAACCCGAGGACGUCGGAUUAUUUUAUCCUUUUUAUGCUUUUAAUUGUUUCGGUUUAUUUCUUGGCCUUUUAUUUCAUUAUGUGAAUUGUACCUUUUGAAGCACCUGCUCGGCGGAUACUCUAAUUAUGGGAUAUCAAACGGUGGAAAUCUCCGUCAGCAUCUGAACAGGAAUAUUUUUGUUUUUAUCUCAUUGUCGCUUUCUUUCAACGGCAAAAAUGAACUGCUUCAACAAAAAGCUGAGACGCACAUCUCCCAUACAUGGCAGCAGUAAAAAUGAACUGGUCCCCUCAAAACCUCCCAGGAUGAACGGAUGGUCGUGGCCCCCUCAGGCUUUCCAAGUAGUCGGCUGGCUGGUGUACAGCUACCUCGGGAUCGUCAGCUUCGGCAUCUAUAUCCCUCUUCUGCCUCCGCCAUGGAACCAUGUGGUCUAUUCUGUGAUUGGCAUAGCUUUUGUUUUGCAUUUUUUCACCCAUAUUGCAGCUGCCACUAUAGACCCAGCAGAUGCCAGUGUGAGGGCCAAACAGAGCUACUCAAAUCCAAUGCCGUUUUUUGACCGGAUGAAGCAACCGCAUGUCAUCAAGGAUCUACACUGUUAUCUUUGUGAUGUCAAGGUUGGCCCCAACGUUAAACACUGUGGUGUUUGCAACAAGUGUGUGGAAGACUUUGAUCACCAUUGCCAAUGGCUGAACACGUGUGUGGGGGGCAGAAACUACUGGUGCUUCUUUGUGGCACUGUGCUCUGCUACGCUUGGCGUCUUCAUGCUUGUUGUUGUCAUCUUGUUCAUAUGUAUUCAGCAUUACUUGAAUCCAGACAGCCUCCGGACUGCCCCACAGUUUCACAAUCUGCUGGGGAACAGUACCUGGCUGGUGUUUUUACCCUCGGCACCCAUAAAGACUAGUUCAGCUGGUCUGCUUAUCUUAGCCUUUAUGACAGCCAUGCUGAGCAUCGCCUGCCUGCUGCUGCUCGCUCAUCUGCUGGGCUUUCACUUUUACCUCUUUUUUAAAGGCAUAAGCACGUAUGAUUAUAUAAAGACGCAGCGCCAAAAAGAAGGCAGAAAAUCUGAAUCAGGAAAUCCAAAAGAUGUGAAAAUCCAUAACAAGACCCUACAGAGUCAAGAUACCUCCAUUGACUGUGAGCCAGCAUUAUCACAGAGUUCAGGUACCUGCAAAUUGGGAAAUAAAGGCUCACUCGCAAGCCGAUUUUCAGAGUCCAUAUGCACUGAGUUGGAAACCUUGAGGAAAUCGGCAGAUAAAGAGAACCGUUUCCUUUAUGGCACAGAAGAUCCCACAAAAAACACAGCAAUGGAAUUGAGCAACAGUAAAAGCAGGAUGCCCGACAUUGAAGAGGCUCAGAGCGGCGUUGUGACGUCUGCUCACAGAGUUCCAGGAGUGCAGGACCCUCUGGGCAGCGCCGUUAUGACUCCAGAUGACACUUAGCAGUACCUGAUGUCCGUGUGGCGGUGCAUCGGGAUAAGCUGCUCUGAGGAUUUAUUAUUUUAUCAAGAAACAUUUGCGACACAAUCACAUGGAGCAUUGUGAUAUGGACAGUGGACGUCUUGAACUUCAUGGAAUGUUUUUGUCCUCCAGUGGAUAUUUUGUAUGCAGUCUGAACUGUGAAGCCGUCAUUGUGUUUCUUUUCCUUUUUUUUAUCUGCACUUUUUUAUGACAACCUUUUGAAUUAUUUAAAGCGUUGUUUUAUCUCACCGACUUUGAAAAAAGAGAGCCAAAGUCCGGCCCCACUUCCAGGUCGGCCUCUAUUCCACUACACUGAGUCAGAUAAACAGACAGAUUUUGGCAUGUUUCUCAAACAGUUUACUGUUCAUAUUCCAAGCCAAAUGAGAUCAAGAAAUGUACUGGCAGUAACUUUCAGACUCUUAUCAUUGUAUCUGAUGUCCAAAGAGAAAGCCUUUUAUGGCAAAAUGAAUAGUCUCACUAGAAGUAGUGGAGCGCACUGUGAAUUGUAUUUAUUAUUUAAUGAUUUCUCAAAGCUGUUGGUGUUUAGAGACUGUUUUUGCUAGAUUUGAUAGUAAAGAUUUUAAAUUAA